CUGCUAUUUCUCCGACCCCCGCGAACUGAGCCGGACUUAAGUAAACACCCAGCGAGCUGCUAAUUACAAGGUCUGCGAAAAAAAAAAAAACCCCAACAACCGCACUUCACUUCGCAGCUGGGCAAGAUCAGCCUUUCUUUUCCCUCCCUCCGCCUUUUGCCUUGGCAAAGACGCUCUUAAGCGGAUCCUUCCGAUCGAGCGGAAAGAAGCCGUGUAAAAGAAGGACCCCUUUGCCUUUCGCGCUCUCUCUUCCCCAGGCUUGAGAGGAGAGGAGAGGAGAGGAGGAAGCCUCCUUGAGCUGCAACUGAUUGAAGGCUGCGUUGGUUAGUUUUCCUGGCUUCGCUUCGCUUUCUCCGGAGCCGAGAAAGGAAAGGCGGGGAGGGUGUGUGUGUUGGAGGGGGGGGGGGUUUCCCCAGCCAUCCCUUUCAACCUGUUCGCCUUGUGAUUUCGGCAGCCACAGCUCAGCCCCAGCGGUUUUUUCUCUGGUUUUUUAUUUGCGAAGUUGUUGAGGCGCCCGCAGGAUGGGACGUUGCCGGCGCUAUUCGGCUGCUUUCCGAGCCCUGCAGUUGCUCGCCUGGACUUUCCCGUUGGUGACAUUGGCUUCGUUGGUGGACGAAACCUUAGAGAGAGCCUCGAAAUCUGAAGGCUACUGCAGCCGGAUUCUGAGAGCCCAAGGCACGAGGAGAGAAGGGUAUAAUGAAUUUAGCCUCCGCGUGGAAGGAGAUCCGGAUUUCUACAAGCCCGGGAACAGUUACCGGGUAACACUAUCUGCAGCUACACCAGCCUAUUUUCGUGGAUUCACAUUGAUUGCUUUGAAAGAAGGCAAAGAAGGAGACAAAGAAGAAGACCAUGCUGGUACUUUCCAGAUCAUAGAUGAAGAAGAAACACAGUUCAUGAGUAAUUGUCCUGUGGCUGUGACAGAGAGUACACCAAGGAGGAGGACUCGCAUUCAGGUGUUUUGGACAGCUCCUUCUUUGGGUACAGGCUGUGUAAUUUUGAAAGCAAGUAUUGUACAAAAGCGAAUUAUUUAUUUUCAAGAUGAAGGAUCUCUCACCAAGAGGUUGUGUGAGCAAGACUCCGCCAUGGAGGGUGUGACAGAUAAGCCAAUCAUAGACUGCUGUGCCUGUGGAACUGCUAAAUAUAGGCUUACCUUUUAUGGAAACUGGUCAGAGAAAUCACAUCCAAAAGAUUAUCCACGACGAGCCAACCACUGGUCUGCGAUUAUUGGUGGAUCUCAUUCCAAAAACUAUGUUCUUUGGGAAUAUGGAGGAUAUGCAAGUGAAGGGGUGAAGCAAGUUGCAGAGCUGGGAUCCCCAGUUAAAAUGGAAGAAGAAAUUAGGCAACAGAGUGAUGAGGUUUUGACUGUCAUCAAAGCAAAAGCACAGUGGCCUGCCUGGCAACCACUAAACGUGAGAGCAGCUCCCUCUGCUGAAUUUUCUGUGGACAGAACACGCCACCUUAUGUCUUUCCUUACCAUGCUAGGCCCCAGCCCUGACUGGAAUGUAGGGCUUUCAGCUGAAGAUCUAUGCACUAAGGAUUGCGGAUGGGUCCAGAAGGUGAUUCAGGACAUGAUCCCAUGGGAUGCUGGCACUGACAGUGGAGUCACCUAUGAGUCAUCCAACAAGCCAACAUUACCUCAGGAGAAGAUAAGACCGCUCACAAGUCUAGACCAUCCCCAAAGUCCUUUUUAUGACCCUGAAGGAGGUUCCAUUAAAUCAGUAGCCAGAGUUGUCAUUGAGAGGAUUGCGCGAAAGGGAGAACAGUGCAAUAUUCUUCCUGAUAGCAUUGAUGACAUUGUUGCAGAUCUUGCUGCAGAAGCUCCAGAAGAUGAAGAUGAUACUCCUGAAACCUGCAUCUAUUCGAACUGGUCUCCCUGGUCAGCCUGUAGCUCUUCCACGUGUGAAAAGGGCAAGCGGAUGAGGCAGAGAAUGCUCAAAGCCCAGCUUGACCUCAGUGUGCCUUGUCCAGAAACUCAGGACUUCCAGCCUUGUAUGGGCCCAGGCUGUAGUGAUGAAGAUGGCUCCACAUGCAUGAUGUCUGAGUGGAUAACAUGGUCCCCUUGUAGUGUAUCUUGUGGCAUGGGAAUACGAUCGAGGGAGCGAUAUGUGAAGCAGUUCCCGGAUGAUGGCUCCAUGUGCAAAGUGCCUACAGAAGAAACCGAGAAAUGCAUUGUAAAUGAAGAAUGUUCUCCUAGCAGUUGCCUGGUAACCGAAUGGGGAGAGUGGGAUGAAUGCAGUGCCAGCUGUGGGAUGGGAAUGAAGAAGAGACACAGAAUGAUCAAGAUGACCCCGGCAGAUGGAUCCAUGUGCAAAGCAGAAACCACAGAAGCUGAGAAAUGCAUGAAUCCCGAAUGCCAUACCAUUCCCUGCCUGCUUUCUCCUUGGUCUGAUUGGAGCGACUGCAGUGUCACUUGUGGAAAGGGGAUGAGGACCAGGCAACGGAUGCUAAAAUCUGCUGCAGAGCUUGGAGACUGCAAUGAAGAACUAGAACAAGUAGAGAAAUGCAUGCUGCCAGAGUGUCCAAUUGACUGUGAUCUGACAGAAUGGUCUCAGUGGUCUGAAUGCAAUAAGUCUUGUGGGAAAGGCCAUAUGAUCAGGACAAGAAUGAUCAAAAUGGAACCUCAGUUUGGAGGAGCGCCAUGCCCAGAAACUGUACAGCGUAAAAAAUGCCGAAUAAGAAAAUGCUUGAGAAACCCCAAUAUUGAGAAAAGGCGCUGGAAAGAAUCUCGGGAGAAAAGGAGGAGUGAACAAGCGAAAGAAGAUGUAGAUGGUGGACAAUUCCCAGGUUGUAAAAUGAAGCCAUGGACUGCUUGGUCAGAAUGCACCAAACUGUGUGGGGGUGGAAUCCAGGAGAGGUUUAUGACCGUCAAGAAGCGUUUCAAAAGCAGUCAGUUCACUAGCUGCAAAGACAAGAAGGAAUUAAGAGCCUGCAAUGUUCAUCCCUGUUAGCAAACCGAAGUCUUUUGAAUAAUGCACUCCUGAGCUAAAUGUAAAAAAAAAAAUCAACCUUGGUUUGAUUUUUUUAAAAGAAAAGAGAAAAUAUAUAAAUUGUGUAUAUUAGUCUUCAUUUUUUGCAGUGUGGUUUGCUUAAUUAGUCUUGCUGGUGCAAGAGAUCUAUUUUAUAAAUACUUCCUUACAAAUAUCUGCUGAGAGUAGUUCCUUAAUGCUCCAGCUAGCCCUUAACGCAUAAAACUAGUGAAGUCAUUGUGAAAUCUUAUAACACUGAAAUUAUAGACAUAUCUGUGUGGACAAACCAUAAUCAUAAAAAUAGUCCCUGUAAAUACUAGGGAUGCAUGCAAAAAUGAUACUGCAAACCUAAAUAUUUGGAAACCAUUUUCAAAAUAUUCAAAGCAGUGCCUCUGUGUUUAUACAGCUGUGCCAAGGAAUUACUUUAAUAAUACUACAGGUGCAUAUUGAUCUUCAACCAUCAGCAAUGUAAAAAAAUGGUAUUUAUAGCAAUCCUUUGACAAUAUCCCUUUUCUCCUUCCUGCAAUUGCUUAGACCCCUA